AUGCUUAGAAGGGUUUUCAUUCAAAUAAGAUGUCGUAGAUGCGGUGAAAGAGGCCAUAAUAAAGCAACAUGUGACAGACAUAAUAGUGAAAACCAACAGGUUAAUGCAUCUUCAGCCCAAAUGGAGCAAGAUUCUUCUUCACGACCAGUACAAGCUUCUUCACAACUAGGACCUAGCAAAGUGAGAGGGAGAGGCAUAAGUGGAGGAAUAGGAAAUGUUGCUCAAGCUACUGCUUACCCAAAUUCACAACAAAGUAUGGCAAGAGGUAAUGGACAAGGAGGCAGAGGCAUAAGUAGAGGAAGAGUUAAUGUUGCUCAAGCCAGUGUUUACCCAAAUUCACAACAAAGUGUGACAAGAGUUAAUGGACAAAGAGUCUUACCAUCUUCACAUAUUGGCUUAGGAAGAGGUUUACCAUCUUCAAAGCUAAGUGUGGCAAGAGGAAGAGGACAUGGAGGAGCAGAUCUGGACAACACUUCCCAUGAUAAUAACAUGGCCUGA